AAUGGCGUGAAUGCAGAAAGUGAGGAAAAAGAGAAAAUGAGGGGAAAAUGGCGAAAUGUUUGGAAUUGGAAUCGGAAUUUGGUGAAUGUGAAAUUGAAAUGGGAAAACGGUUGCCGGUGGCGGUUAUUGCACGAAGGUCCCGACACCGUAGAAGAACUUCUCGAUAGACAUUUAGUCAAGAAAGUUAAUAACAACAAAGACGACGAAGAAGACGAGUUGCUGAAUCGGAGGCGACUCACCACCACUCGCCGAGAGGCACUGAGUCUAUACAGGGAUAUUCUUCGUGCAUCGCGCUUUUUCGCUUGGUCUGAUUCUAAAGGCGUUCUUUGGCGUGAUCUUAUCAGAGAUAGCGCUCGUAAAGAGUUUGAGCUUGCUCGAUUCGAAACCGAUCCGGAGGUUGUCACUCGGUUGCUCAUCGGAGGACACGACGCUGUUAAUAGCGCCAUUGAGAAGCUUGCCGAGAAACAGAGGCAGCAGAUUCAAAAGGAUCGUGGCGGUGGCAGUGGUGGUCCUGAUCAAACCUGAUUGUGCCAAUAAUAAUAAUUUUCUAAUUUUAAGUUUUGGGAAGGACCUGUUCUUCAUGAAGAGCCAAAAGUCUAGUAUUGUGGAAUACAUCUGGCCAAGUAAGCAGCUGCAAUACUACCCAGUAGAAAUUUAUUAGCAAAUUGUGAUAACAAAUUUGCUAUGUAUCUCCAACAAAGUUAUAUAUAUGUACUAAAACGAGUUGUCUUGUGAGUUACUACACUGAUAUUAAUGUCUGGAAUAACAGCUGAAAUUUGCACAUACUGUUUUUUAUAAUAAGAAUACGAUUUUCUGGAA